CUGACGACAGCAAGAAUGGCUCUUCAACUGGUUCCUUACAACAACUCCAUGCGAUUGGGUCAGGGAUUCAAUUCCUUUACGCAGCAAAUAUGCGUCGACAACUCUGUUAUUGGCAUAUCGGACCGAGAGGAUUCCCAACCAAUAACGCCCGAAGAUUAUAUCCCGAUCGCCGGGCCAGAUGUCCCGGCUUCAGUUGUGUCGCCUCCCAACAAGAAACCAAUCCAAGAGAUUAUCGACGCUGGUGACGGCACUACCAUCGUGCGAUACCCCAGUCAAAUUGUGACAUACUCUUCCAAGUAUGUAUCGAAGUUGAGUGAUGUCAGUAACGAUCUCAACAUAUCUGGAUCUUUAUCAAUCAAGUAUGGCGAGAUAUCUGGUGGAGGUUCCGGAUCCUACGUCAAUACAGAAACGUUCCAAUCUUCCGACAUUAAUUUCCUCGUGACGGUCAAAGUCAUCAAUCAGACGAUCAAUGUCAAAGACCAACUACAGUUCUGGCCUUUGCAGGGAAAAAGUGCCGGCAGCUAUGACUCCAAGUCAUUCACAGAUAUAUACGGCGACAGUUUCAUAUCUGGAUUUCAAGAGGGCGGACAGUUUUCUGCAAUCGUGAGCAUCAAGGCCUUGGACCAGUCCAAUUUGACCGAUAUCAAAGCAAAUGCGCAUCUGGCACUUCAAGUUGGUGUUGGCUCUGUCGAGGCCACCGCGGACGUCAAUUUGAACAAGAAGAACUUGAACAAGAGUUCAGAAGUGAACAUCACUGUGAAUUGGUCUGGUGGAGGACAACUGAAAGAAAGCGAUAAGCCGUGGACGAUUGACACCCUACAGGAAGUAGCUGCUAAGUUUCCUGACCUGGUCGCCAAUGUGCCUCAGCGUACACACGCCAUCUUGACCAAAUACACUGCGCUUCGAGGCUACUUACAGUGGCGUGCCAGUAACCCUCUGCAGCCUUUGGAUUACGAAGUAGCUAGCUUGUACACGUCGGAACUUCUCGAUGUCUACAUGGGCUACAAAAGCAUCUGGAAAGAAAUUCAUGAGAUGCUCCAGGAUCUCGAUGGCGAUGACGAUUAUCUUCACGCGUUGAUGAAAGCACCAGAGCUGAAAAACCCAAUCAGAAUGCCACAAACUUGGGAUGCGGCGAAUAAUAAGUGGGUCGAUGGUCCGGUUCUAGAUCGAUAUGAACCAACUUUUGAAGGACUGGAUCUAGCUUUGCGAAAUUGCCGCAAGUCGAUGGUGCGCAUAGUUGCUGAGAACGAUGCCAUCAGUAAUAAUCCCGCUUUUGCCGUUGAUGUGAACCGACCUAUCGCCUAUCUUCGACCUCAAAUCUUCCGACUCCUGCUGCCUGUACAUGCUCCAGCCGCUCCUCUCAACGUCAAUCUCGUGUCGGGAAACAUUCCUUUCGGAGAAGGCGGUGGUGAAGGCGCAUUGGGAGGAUAUGCCAACCAGACUGUGCCGCCAGAUGUCGUACUUGGUUUUACCAAAGUGGACCUUGCCCGAGUCGAUGUAUUGAGCGGCUCUACACGCCAAAUUGCUCGGCUUUUUAUCACCCAGAAGCUUGCAAACACCCACAAAUAUAUAGCCACAUCGACUGCCGCAGAUAAGAGCGCAUCAACGAGAAACUUUGGUUUCGGUACGACAUCUCUUAUGGCUCCAAUCAACGAUGAAGGUGUUCAGGGGGGCGCGUGGAGCAUGCCUACACGUCCUCCUGGUACAGGUGCGGAGCCGUCGUAUUUUGUCAUGCGUCAAAGGAUCAACUUCCGGGAUUCGUAUGACAAUCAGCCACCUAGUGUUGUCGUGUUUCUGACUGGAUUUGACAUUGGCUCGAAUGGUUUUGUAAAUGCAGUGGUCUCAGCCGAGGCUGUCGACAAGGCUGGGUUCACAGUCGUCGUUACCGCUCUCGACAGUGUUCGAACCAUCGAUGUAUCUUGGUUUGCAUGCCCAGCCGAUGCACCCAACAUCAUUUGUGGCACGUCAGAUGCGCCAUGGGAGAAAUCUCCGAUCAUCGGCUUAGCUGGAUUGAAGGCGCAAGAAUCAUAUUCCGGCCACGUUGGAUUUAAGAACCGCGCAUUCAAGAGUCCACCUAGGAUUUUCCUAGCGCUACGCGGUUUCGUUGUUGGAAAUACCACCGAAAAUAUUCGAUUGCAGGUGGACUCUGCUGACGUUACUAAGAAGGGUUUCAACUGGAAAGUUGGCUGUUGGGCAGAUACCAAACUCCUCGGUGGAGUAGCAAGCUGGAUUGCCUGGGUGUAG